GUAGCAUCGUGGUCGUGCCUGCCCUUCACAUCCGUCCACAUCCUACGAGGCUUUGCUCCCAAGCGCAGCACAACUAUGGCACUGCUCAAGUCCAACAAGGUGUUCUACUGUCUGGGGAACAUUUCUCCGUCCCUGGGAGUCCUGUCCACCCGCAACAGCUCAUGGUGGGGUGGAGUGCAGAUGGGUCCCCCCGAUCCCAUCCUGGGGGUGAGCGAGGCCUUCAAGAAGGACACCAACCCCAAGAAGAUGAACCUGGGAGUGGGAGCCUACAGGGAUGACCAGGGCAAGCCUUUUGUGCUCAGCUGUGUCCGCAAGGCAGAGGCUGUAAUCACAGCCAAACAGAUGGAUAAGGAGUACCUUGGCAUUGUUGGUUUGGGGGAGUUUACCAAGUCCUGCGCCCAACUGGCUUUUGGUGCUGAUAAUGAGGUCUUGAAGAGCGGCAGGAACAUCACUGUCCAGACCAUCUCAGGAACUGGAUCUCUGCGCAUUGGAGCCAACUUUUUGUCUCGAUUCCAUGGGGGUCCCCGUGACGUGUACCUGCCCAAACCCUCCUGGGGAAACCACACACCCAUCUUCAGAGACGCUGGCAUGCAGCUCAAAGCAUACAGAUACUACGACCCGUCCACCUGUGGCUUUGACUUCAAAGGAGCUCUCGAUGACAUCUCUAAAAUCCCAGAGCAGAGUGUGAUCAUGUUGCAUGCUUGCGCCCACAACCCCACUGGUGUGGACCCCAAGCCUGAGCAGUGGAAGGAGAUUUCUGACAUUGCGAAGAAAAGGAAUCUUCUCGUGUUCUUCGACAUGGCCUAUCAGGGCUUCGCAAGUGGAGACAUCAAUCGUGAUGCCUGGGCUGUGCGUUACUUCAUCGAGCAGGGCCACAACAUCCUGCUGUCCCAGUCCUUCGCCAAGAACAUGGGGCUCUAUGGUGAGCGUGUGGGCGGCUUCACUGUGGUGUGUAACGACGCAGAGGAGGCAAAGAGGGUCGAGUCUCAACUUAAGAUCCUCAUCAGGCCCAUUUACUCCAACCCACCCAUGAACGGCGCCAGAAUUGCAGCAACUAUUCUCAACACACCAGAUCUGCACUCUCUGUGGCUGGAGGAGGUCCAUAGUAUGGCUGACCGCAUCAUUAAGAUGAGAGAACAGCUGGCGGCUGGUCUGAAAAAGGAGGGCUCCUCUCAAAACUGGCAGCACGUCAUCGACCAGAUCGGGAUGUUCUGCUUCACAGGCCUCAAACCAGAACAGGUUGAGCGCCUGACAAAGGAGUUUUCCGUGUACAUGACCAAGGAUGGCAGAAUUUCCAUGGCAGGCGUGACCUCUGGGAAUGUGGGCUACCUGGCACACGGGAUCCAUGCGGUCACCAAGUAGAGUGGAUCCUGCUAGGAGAGCUACAAAAUCAAAGCGGCAGUGUUGAAGAGGAGCUUAAUGUGUCACUUAUCAUCUGUCUCCUCCAUUCCACCGUUUAGAAAAGAGCUCAAUGUUUAGUUAGACAUGUUCUUGAUUGGAUUUCAUCAUGAGGUCAACUUGGAACGGUUUCGGCUGUCAAACGCAUUUAUUUUCUGGUUAACUUUUCUUUCUUUAUAUUUCACUAAACGGGCUCCCCUGUCAAAUUGCAAAAGACAUGUUUUCCCCGACUACUGACCGAUCAUCUUUGCUUAUUUAUUACGUGGAAUCAACUGUUGGCUGUGCAUUAGUGUCCUCCUAAAUGUGUGCUGUUCAUCUGCUGUGGGCCCACUCACUAUAAAACAUCCAGCAUCGGGGUAAUGUUGGACUGUGCAUUCAUUUUAUGUACAAGUUGAGAUCUUUGUUGCUAUGUGAAAGCCUGUAGAAAAUGUGAGUUAUCUCUUCUUUUUUUGUUUAGUCUUAAUUCUAAUGGUGGAGUUGUAGCACUUUAUAAGUUGUAAGUCACUGUUUGAGUUUCAAAAUUAGGCAGGCAUCCUGUUUUUAUUUGUCAAUCAGGUAGUCAAUUCACUAUCAGGCUAAUCUGCAGUUGUCCAUCUGAACUAAUCAAUCAUCCAAUACUUUCUUCAUUAUCUCUGUUUGGAGUUUCCCCAGCUACCUCCCUUGUAUUCAGUACUUUUCCAGUGGGUUUUGUCAAUCUUCUUUGGGUUUCAAUCUAGCAGGGCAGCAGUCUCAGUCAGUCCCUUUUUAACCCCGAUACAAACAAGCACACACGCCAAACACGCUUAAACUUAGUUCAAAGAAGAGAUCAAUACUUUUAAUGAAUGAGAAUUUCCCCCCCACCAUAUUCCACCACAGCCCCAAAUCUAACACCCAUCUUUUAAUUUGAAUCGGGGAGGCUUUGUAUUUGAUACCAGUACAAAUGUCUCUCUGGUAAAUAAAGAUGAGUGGGGCACGUGAUGGGGUAGUAGAAAUGCGCACAUGCUGCUCAUUCACUCAGACAUCAUGGUGUAUGUGUACAGUGUAUGAAUCUGUUAAUCUUCGAGACCGUGAGACACAAACAAUGUGGGGUUUCCCCCUGUCGACUCAUACUUCUGAAACCUCUGGCACUACGCCGCCAUGUUUUGCAUUCUGUCAUAACAUAAUGGCUCACUGAGCAUGUACCUUAUUGAACAAACAAUAAAUGGUUAUAGAGGAGCAA